GAAACAAAACCAACAUCCUUGGUGCGCAUGUGCAUAGGUCCCCAGUCUUCAAGCGCUAUUUUUUUUCGAUAUCUUCAUAACAUACUUUCGUGCCCAUAUACACUCGGAAAAAGAAAGUUCAAUUUGCUCGUGUCCAUAUAUAAACUAGCUAUUAAAUAACUAUUUGGAACUUGAUCUCCCUCUGCUAAAGGCACCACCGAAGAUUUCUUAUCAAGGAGAAUCUAUUCCAGAGAAUGGUGUCCAUCAGCUUCAAGAGCUUUCUUCUACUUGUGAUCAACCUUCAAGAAUCAGUGAAGAGCGCGAGUGUUAACAGGGCGACUCUGUCCAAGCGCCAAUUCGAUCUCAGUAGCCUAACUGGUUCUCUUGGUGGAGGUAGCAUACCUGGCAUCGGCGGCACUUCUGGUUCGGGCUCUGGCUCCGGGGGGAGUGGACUUGGAGGUUUCCCAUCCAUCGGUUCUGGAACUGGUGGUGGACUCGGUGGGCUAGGUUCCGGUUCCGCUGGCGGACUCGGCAGUUUCCCUGGGAUGGGCUCUGGUGGCGGGACUGGCGGACUCGGUGGUUUAUCUGGGAUGGCCUCCGGCAGCGGGAUCGGAGGGCUUGGUGGUUUGCCAGGCAUGGGAUCCGGUUCAUCCGGAACGGCUUCCAGUUCCAAUAGUGACGGCGCAUCCCUGAAUGGUCAAAGUAAAUCACAAGGCUCUUCCGGGGGAUGUCCAUCUUAUUACAUGAUAGGGGCUCGAGGAACCAGCGAGGGACCAGGUGGCUCUAUAGCUUACAAUGCCCUGUACCAGAAAGUCUUGGCUAGUGUUCCUGGAGGAGCAAAAGAAGAACUCCAGUAUUCAACUUCGGCCGACUAUUCCGUCACUGUAACCCAAGGGGCACAGACUGAAGUAAAAAUGAUCACGGGCGAAAUCUCUAAGUGUCCGAAAACAGUCUUUGUUUUGCUUGGUUACUCGAAAGGAGCUAUGGUCCAGACCCAGACUCUGAACAACAAGGAGAUCCCCCAAGACAAGAUUGCGGCUGUUGCUCUGUUUGGAAACCCUUACUUCAGAGCUGGGGCCCCUCAAAAUAAAUGCGGCGCGAGUUCCGGGAUGGGUAUUGCGGCCAUGGCGGGUGCCAAGAUGCCAGACCAGCUGACCGAUCGAGUGUAUGAUUGCUGCGUGCCUGGUGAUGAGAUCUGUCAGACCGCCGGGAGCAUUAUGGGCCAUCUCUCAUACGCUGGCCAGCACGAAAACGACGCAACUGAAUUCGUGAUCCAGAAGUUGAAGGCCAAGUUAUCCGGUGCGACUGGUGCUCAGAAGGGAAGCCCUUGAGCCCCAAGAUUCACUGUCUUUUACUAUACACUACUCUUCUACUUGAACACUCUUUGGUACUUGCGAUAUCAUGUUCGAAAACCACAAAUUUUUAGAUUUUUGUAAAACACGGCCUGGUGCCAUGAGCUCUUGAUGAAAUCAAAAUGUCAACUUACAUAGGAGAGACAAGAAAUUAAUCCGGAAGAAUCAAUCAAGCGCUCUAGUCCGCCAGGCUUG